CCAUUAAACAGAACAAAUCUAAGGAAGUGUUCGGAAGCUGCAGAAAUGGCAAAAGCAGCUGUGAUCCCCACAAGAGUUGGUGGCACUCGAUGGGUCCCUCACACUGAGCGGGCCUUUAACACGACUGUGGUCAGCAUAUCCAGCUAUUGUUCUUCAUUUGUCACAGGUGAAAGAAGGUUCCAGUUACAGCGUAACAGUAGCAGCAAAAGCCAAAGCACAGGGGUUAUAAAAAAUACUGACAACAAAGCAACUCAUUGUCACUGGACAUUUCAUGUUGGACAUCAUAGCAAUCCUCAGCAAGCUUUCACUGAAGUUUCAGGAAAGAGACUGCACCAUUGCAGAUGUGCAGCACAGCUUGCAGGGAGCAAUAGAUGUUUUGGCAUUAUACAGGCCAGGUCCACAACUCAAGCAAGUGUUGGACUGUAAGGAAUAUAAAGGAUAUAACCGUACUGGAAGUGGAGGCCCUUUCAAUAUUUCAGCAACACAAGCUAGAAUAGUCGAUUCCCUUACAGAGUCUUUGAAACAGAGAUUCUCUGACUAUGAUGAAGGCAUUCUAUCCACAACAUCAGUCAUCAAUCUGUCUUCAUGGCCACAGACUAAAACUGAGGCAAACGAUUUUGGUAACAAGUCCAUCGAGAUGCUCGCCAAAUGCUUCCAGCCCAUUAUGUCAUCUUCUUCUGUUUCUCUCGAUGUGACUGAACCUGAAUGGGCAUACCUCAAAUCCCUCAUAUACUCCAGACACAAGGAUAAGAUUGAGACAUUGUCGUGGAGCCAGAUCAACAGGGAGUUUGGUUCCUUAUGCAGAAAUAUCUUGAGCUUGGUGGAUCUGUUGCUGUCCCUUCCAGCUACUUCAGUGGAAUGUGAGCGUGGCUUUUCAGCGAUGAGAAUGGUAAAAGAUGACUGGAGAAAUGAUUGACCUGAUGAGACUGGUCAUCCAUGGCCCAACAGUUGAGGAAUUUGAUCCCACAAGGGCAAUAGACCUGUGGUUUAAAGCAGGGUUGAGAAGCAGGAGACCUGUUAGUCAGGAGCCAAGUCAAAGUGGUAGCACAGACAUUAUUUCUGAAUUGGUUCAGGAAAGAGAAAGGAUGGAUCCAGAUGUUGUCACAGUUUCUGAUGAGGAUGAUGAUGAUGAAGAAGAUGAUGAUACUUGCAGUGCCAUGGCGUUAUGUGACUAACAAUACCACAAAUGUAUUGACAGAGACAGUGGGGAGUCACAGUGGCAUGUCUGUUAUUUAUUUAAAGAGUGGGUUGGUUGAGUGCAGGAAAAUACUCAAAAUAAAUGUUUUCUCUUAUAAUCUGUUGCAAUAUUGUAGU